GCCCCCCGCCCCCCACCCACGCAGGCCGCACCACUGUAACCGCUGCCCCGGCGGCCGCCGCUGCUUGUCGGGCUGGCGGGCGGAGAGCGCGGCGCGGCGGGGCCGGCGGCAUGGCUGUGUCCUGGAGGAGCUGGCUGGCCAACGAAGGGGUUAAACACCUCUGCCUGCUUAUCUGGCUGUCCCUGAAUGUCCUGCUUUUCUGGAAAACCUUCCUGCUGUAUAACCAAGGGCCAGAGUAUCACUACCUCCACCAGAUGUUGGGGCUAGGAUUGUGUCUAAGCAGAGCCUCCGCAUCAGUUCUUAACCUCAACUGCAGCCUUAUCCUCUUACCCAUGUGCCGGACGCUCCUGGCUUACCUUCGAGGAUCCCAGAAGGUUCCAAGCAGGAGAACCAGAAGAUUGUUGGAUAAAAGCAGAACAUUCCAUACAACCUGUGGUGUGACUAUCUGUAUUUUCUCAGGUGUGCACGUGGCCGCCCACCUGGUGAAUGCCCUCAACUUCUCAGUGAACUACCGUGAGGAUUUCGUUGAACUGAACGCAGCAAGAUACCGAGAUGAGGAUCCUAGAAAACUUCUCUUCACAACUGUUCCUGGCCUGACAGGGGUCUGCAUGGUAUUGGUGCUAUUCCUGAUGAUUACAGCUUCGACAUAUGCAAUACGAGUUUCUAACUAUGACAUCUUCUGGUACACUCAUAAUCUCUUCUUGGUCUUCUACAUGCUGCUGAUGUUACAUGUAUCAGGAGGGCUGCUUAAGUAUCAAACUAAUUUAGAUACGCAUCCUCCUGGCUGCAUCAAUCUUAAUGGAACCCGCUACCAGAAUAUUCACUUACCAGAGUAUGUCUCAGAACAUUUUCAUGAAUCUUUCCCUGGAGGAUUUUCAAAACCAGAUGAGCUUACCCAGAACACAUUUGUGAAGAUUUGUGUGGAAGAGCCCAGAUUCCAAGCUAAUUUUCCACAGACCUGGCUUUGGAUUUCUGGACCUUUGUGCCUGUAUUGUGCUGAAAGGCUUUACAGGUGUAUCCGGAGCAAUAAGCCAGUCACCAUCAUCUCAGUCAUAAGUCACCCCUCAGAUGUCAUGGAAAUCCGAAUGGUCAAAGAAAAUUUUAAAGCAAGACCUGGCCAGUAUAUUAUUCUACAUUGUCCCAGUGUGUCUGCAUUGGAAAACCAUCCAUUUACUCUCACAAUGUGUCCUACUGAAACCAAAGCAACAUUUGGGGUCCACCUUAAAAUAGUAGGAGACUGGACAGAACGAUUUCGAGAUUUACUACUUCCUCCAUCUAGUCAAGACUCCGAGAUUCUGCCCUUCAUUCAAUCUAGAAAUUAUCCCAAGCUCUACAUUGAUGGUCCCUUUGGAAGUCCAUUUGAAGACUCACUGAACUAUGAGGUUAGCCUCUGCGUGGCUGGAGGCAUUGGAGUAACUCCUUUUGCGUCAAUACUCAACACUCUGCUGGAUGACUGGAAACCAUACAGGCUUAGAAGACUGUAUUUUAUUUGGGUGUGCAGAGACAUCCAAUCCUUCCGUUGGUUUGCAGACUUACUAUGUGUGUUGUAUAACAAGUUUUGGCAAGAGAACAGACCUGACUAUGUCAACAUCCAGCUGUACCUCAGUCAGACAGAUGGGUUACAGAAGAUAAUUGGAGAAAAAUAUCAAGCACUGAAUUCGAGACUUUUUAUUGGACGUCCUCGGUGGAAACUUCUGUUUAAUGAAAUAGCAAAAUAUAACAGAGGGAAAACAGUUGGUGUUUUUUGCUGUGGACCUAAUUCGAUUUCUAAGACUCUUCAUAAACUGAGUAAUCAAAACAAUUCAUAUGGGACAAGAUUCGAAUACAAUAAAGAAUCUUUCAGCUGAAAACCUUUGAGAUGAACAAGGACUCUAAAGAAGGAAUGAGUGCAAUUUCUAAAACUUUGAAAUGCAGCUGGAUCAAACAACUGUGUCAUGCCAAAGUGUGGCCAGGUUUUCUUAUUUAUGAUUAUUUAAAAUGGAAAUGCAGAGAAUGUGGCAAGAUGACAGGUCACAUUGCAUGUUUAAUCUGGAAACCAAAGAGGCCCUGAAGAAUAUUUGAUGUGAUUAUUCACUUUUCACUGCUCAAAUUAAAAGAAAACUAUUAGAUGCACACUGUUGAUUUUUAUGGCAGAUUCAAGAACUCCCUAGUAAGGUGUUGCUCACUGAGAGGCUGAUAGCUUUGGUCCUCUUUAAAUUGUUUUUGGUUGAACAAAUGCAAGAUUGAACAAAAUUAAAAAUUCAUUGAAACUCAGAUUACAUUUUCUAUGUGAGUAUAAACAGAGAAGCUUUGAUUUAGAAAAGCUCCAGGUAAAUAUACUAGAAGUCUGAAAAUACAGCACAGGACGCCAUCGAUAUGGGUACUUUGUGUCAGUAUCUAAUCUUGCUCACUACUGAUGCUAAUACCUCUACUUAAUAUCCGUAGACUUUAUGCUCAAUGAACCUUUUGCAGAUGUUGAUAUAAUACCUAUUUUUAUAUUUUUCUUUCUUCUUUGUCCCUUAGUCUAGGGAAAUCUGCCCUCCCUUGGCAUGUGUUAGACACAAUGAUUUAAUCGGUCCUUUCUAUCCCCAAUUUAUUUAAUCUAUUACUAUUGCAUUUUAAUGAGGAAAAUAUCAUUACUAUAAAUUAUAAGGAACAUAUAGACUAAUAACUUUUUUCCUUUUUCAGCAUUUUGGCCUCUAUUAUUUUUAUUUACCUUUUUUCCCAGUGCAGUUUAUCAUAGCCUCUUAAGGGGCUUUGUUUAGUUUGCACUUUGAAGACCAAAGGGUGUUAUGUCUGCCAGGGUCACUGAGAUAUAAUUUCUCUCUCUUUUGUCACACAUUGGUUUAUGCUGGAGACAUUGAAAGUAUAGUCACAACCCUGAAUAGGAAACCUAUAUUUUACUCUUUAUACAGGAGGGAAUACUUUAUUUGCUUAUUGAAAUUUAAGUGCAGAAUCAAGAAUAUUAUUGUUGCACUGUCUGGUAUUCUGGGUCCUGAUAAAGAAUUACUGAGUUUAAAGUCACUGAUAGGACGGUGCUGUGUGAUCCUAUCAGUUUAUGCUCCCCGGCCAUUAUAUUCUCGGCUCAGAGAAUAUAACUCACUACCUUAAAAAUUAAGGCAUUUUUACAAUUUAGUGAUUUUCUUUUGUAGACAUCUAUCAAUUGCUAUCAAAUAUAGCACAUUGCUGAAAUCAGCAGUGUAGCUUGUCGUGCCUUUGUUAAAAUUUUGCAUGAUAUAACAUAACAUGAUAGAUGCUACUGUCAUUUUUUAGCUCUGAUUCACCAGCAGCAAUCAAGCAUGUUAAACCAUCUAGCAUUAAAUGCCCAUGAACAUAUUACUUACAGGUAUUUCUUCCUCUCCUUGGAACUCUUUCUUCUCCUUCUCCAGAAGGAAAGUGAGUCAGAAAAAGAUAUGGGAAAUGUGCAAUGUUCCUGCAGAUUUAGCUCUGAAGGCAUAUUUAAUAACCAGUACAUCUUGGCAACACUUUCUAAAAUAAAAACAAUUUUCAUAAAGACACAUAACAGGAAAAACUAGUAAAAAGAAACUUGAGUUAGUACAGGCUUGAUAUGCAACACUCUUUACUAAUUAUAAGUUAUUUAUGUGAUUAUAUUAAUACACCUCAUUUUAGUAAAACUGGUGGAAAACUUUUCAAGAAGAAUGAUCUUUCCAAGUAGGUCUGCUAUACUAGAUGAGCUUCUUUGCCUAUUUUAAAUUCUAGUGGAUGUUCCAACGUUGAGCGUUAAACAUAGGUAAUUUUUGCUUCUGUAAGUAGGAAUGAAACUAAGACUUCGUCAUGCACGUACAAGAGAGCUUUGUUUUGUUUUGAGGGAUUCUUUCUCUGGGGCUAAUUCUUGUUGGACCAAUCUUAACACAGUAAUUUUAAUGGCAAUAAAUGUUAAAAUUGAAAAGGUAUCCUUGAAAUCUCUAUAAGCUGACUUUACAUUUGCAACAAAUAAAGCAGGCAGAGUUUCUUCACAAGAUGACACAAGUUUAAGAAACAUAAUUUAUUUGAGUGUGCACUAGCAUGAGUGGCCGUAAGGAUCUCAGUUCUGGGGCUGUCGAUGACACUGGCUAGUGGUGUAACUGUGGCAAUUGCUCCUCACUCUGGGAUGAAGACUUCUCAUUCGGACGAGGUCAGUAGUUAGCAGUCUUUUUAGUAAAGUAUAUUUUUGAGAACCUGAUUAAAAUGAAUACUAUGACACACCUACAAAGUAUUACAUAUAAUUUUGGGGGGCCCACAAUCUCCAAAAGCAAGGAUUCCUUUUUAAGAAACUCUGAACAAAUAAUCAUCAUUAUAGAUGUUUUUUUUUAUCCUAUGCCUUUCUGUUCUCUGAUUUUUUGGAUGAAACUAUCCUUUUUUUAUAGGAUUAUACUAAGACAUGAACUAUAUGGACAAAGGAAAGGAAAUUAUAUGCCCCAAAACAAAGAAUCCAAUGGAAUCUUCCAUGCAGUUUUUAAUCUUUUUUGGGUCUCCUGUUUUAUGUAAGGGAA